UUGUCGGACUUUGAUCGAAAAUGUAUGCUUUACGCGUAGAGGGCAAACGGGACACGAAAGAAACUACAUACAUUACUUGCACGAUUGUUUAAAAGUGUAUCGCGAACAAAGAAGUAUUCGUUCAGAAUUACACAAUGUAUAUUCUGUAUGCGAAGAGAAGAAGGUGCUUAGUUCCUACGACGAUAAACGUUUAACAAUUCCACGAUCCACAAAAUCAUGCCCUGGGGGCAUUAUAAAAUAAUUAUUUGUAAAAAAAUGAUUCAAUAUAAUUUAUUUUUUGCCCCACCAGUAAAAUAUUACUAAUUUCCAAGUAUCUUUAUAAGCCUGUAGGAUUCGAGUUUUUGUAAACCUUGCAAUUUUAUGUGAUACACUCGGUGGAUCUGGUUCCGAGUUCUUGCAGAUCCUGCAGUUUCAUAAGAUGCUAGAAGUCGAGUGUCGGGUGAAUUAGGGCUGGAGGGGGAUUUUUUCUUGGUGCUUUAUAAACGCGUUACCAAUAUGCUUUCAUUAUUUACAAUGAUGCCAUCUAGACAAGUUCAAAGUUUGCAAGUGCUUGCCCUUAAAGCUUUUAUUGACCACGAACCCGCAGUCCUAACUUCGCUAGGCCUCGUAUGGAAGCGGGAUGUACCUAACGUGCGCCGGGAGCGGGUUGAGCGGCGCCGUGAACUGGCGCGUCUAUGGGAGGGCGGUUCGACUGGUGUAGAUAUUUUUGAUCUACGCUACCUGUUUGGAAAGGAAAUUGAUCCUGAUUGCUGGUAGUUGUUUUUUUCUUUUCUUCUUUUG